AUCUUUUAUUUCUUGAUUUUUAAGCAAUGGUGAAGAUGAAUGUUUUGAAUGAUUGUUUACGAUCAAUCGUAAAUGCUGAAAGAUAAGGAAGAAAGCAAGUGUUGAUCAGACCUACAUCAAAAUUGGUAGUGAAAUUCUUGUAAGUGAUGCAAAGACAUGGCUAUAUUGGAGAAUUUGAAAUCGUUGAUGACCACAGAAGUGGCAAAAUAGUUGUUGAACUAUUAGGUCGUAUCAACAAAUGCGGAGUGAUCUCUCCUCGUUAUGAUGUUACCUUGGGAGAAUUCGAAAGAUGGGCUAAUAACAUUCUUCCCGCUAGAUAAUUUGGAUGUGUAGUCCUCACAACCAAUGUUGGCAUCCUCACCCACGAAGAAGCAAGAUAAAGACACAUAGGAGGUAAAAUCCUUGGUUUCUUUUAUUGACACAUUUGCAUCAGUACAUUAUAAAUUUAAUACGCCUUCAAUGAAUAAAAGAAA